UGGUGAAGCAGCUGAGGUUUGGGGGACAAACUGAUCUGCACAAAGCCUUGGUGAUUAUCUCUCCUUGAACAGAAGGUAUAGACCUCUUCACAACCUGAAGAGAGAUUUUGUUGCUGUUCGUUCGUCCUGGAUGGUUGGCUGCUGCAGGGAGGAUUGUUGAUUGCUCUGCUCUACGUUACUGGUGUUGCAUCUGCUUCUGGUUCGAUGGAGGUGCAGAUAUCCCGUGUGUGAUCCACUAACCUACUUCUCAGACUUUACUGUGUUCGCCUUCUGACAGAGCACCUCUAAACUGGAGCUGAUCAACUUUCUUCUAUCAUGUUCACUUUCUUCAGUGCUAUGACACAGUGGUGUCUUUGUGUUCCCUGUGUGUGUGUGCACUGGUUUUCACAGCCUUCUGGCAUCAUCCACUCCAGAGUGAUUUGUGAGCCGUCAGCAGGAACCAGCCCUUGUCCAGACAGCAGUGCAACAGGGCUGCCCAGAGCUGAGCCGUGGUGAGUGCACGACCAGGAAUCAUCGCAGCCUGAGACGGAGGGUUUACUGCUGGUUAGAUGCCCAAAAGGAAGAGCACAACUCUGGCUGAACUGAUGCAUCUCGGCACCUGAUACAGGCGCAGCUUCUGACAUGAAGAAAGAUAUAGACACUUUAAUAACCCAGGAAAAAGCGGAGAUCAUUGCCAAGUAUGAGAAGGGUAGGCAGGAGGGAGCCACAAUUGACCCAUGGGAAGAUGCUGAUUUCACACUGUACAAAGUUACUGACCGCUUUGGGUUUCUGCAUGAGCAGGAGCUGCCAACCCGCACCGCCUUGGAGGAGAAGCAAAAGCAGCAGGAAAUUGAGCGCGUGGACAAGUGGCUGAAGAUGCUGAAGAAAUGGGGCAAAUACAGAAACAGUGACAAGAUGUGUCGGCGAGUGUACAAAGGAAUUCCGCUCCAGGUACGAGGCCAGGUCUGGUCUCUCUUGCUGGAUGUUGAGAAGAUGAAGAAGGAGAAUGAAGGAAAGUAUGAGCAAAUGAAACAGCAAGCAAAGAGCUGGUCCUCGGAAAUCAAGCAGAUAGAUCUGGAUGUUAACCGCACCUUCCGAAACCACAUCAUGUUUCGGGAUCGCUAUGGUGUGAAGCAGCAGGCACUGUUCCACGUCCUGUCGGCAUACUCAGUUUACAACACUGAGGUGAGCUACUGCCAGGGGAUGAGUCAGAUCGCAGCCAUCCUGCUGAUGUACUUGAAUGAAGAAGAUGCAUUUUGGGCACUGGCACAGCUGCUGACCAACCAGAAGCAUGCGAUGCAUGGUUUCUUUAUUCCUGGGUUCCCAAAGCUGCAGAGAUUUCAAGCUCACCACGAACAGAUUUUAAGCAAACUCUUUCCGAAGCUGAAGAAGCACAUGGACAAGGAGCAGAUGACGACAGGGAUUUACACCACCAAGUGGUUCCUGCAGUGCUUCAUCGACCGGACGCCUUUCACCCUCACCUUGCGGCUGUGGGACAUCUACAUCCUGGAAGGAGAGCGGGUCCUGACAGCUAUGGCUUACACCAUUCUCAAGCUGCACAAAAAGCGCUUGCUGAAGAUGACGCUGGAAGAUCUGCGGGAAUUUCUGCAGGAGAAAAUUGCUGCGUCGCUGCAGUAUGAGGAUGAUGCUGUCAUAGACCAGCUGCAGGUGUCCAUGAACGAGCUGCGCAAGAUGAAGUUUGACCUUCCUCCACCUGCCAAGCCUGAUGAGUUCCCUCGCAGACCCCUGGGCCUGGAGCUCUCCCUCAACCCUCUGGCCAUGAAGGCCAACGCAGCAGCCAAUGGCCAGAAUGGGCUGCUGGGUGAGCACCCCUCAGACAGGGGCACCACACAGCCCCCCAGCCACCAAGGAACGGCCGUCAGGACUCCCGAUGUGCCAGGCAGCCAGGCCCAUGAAGCAGCUGACAGCCAUCCGCAUCCCCCCCAGAGCGAGGGGCAGCCGACAGAGGAUGUGGCACGGCAGCAGUCUCCAAAGCCAAGUGAGAUACAGGCCUCCCCUGCCAGCCUGGAGGAUGCUGUGGGGAGUGGGGAGUCCACCCUGCACGCUGGACCUGGGGUCGAGCAUGAGGAGCAUCGUGAGCCACACCACAAGCCACCCAGCCCCACACCCUCCCCGUGUGGCUCUGUGGGCUCCUUCCACCCUGCAUCGAACACUCCUGUGGACAUACGAGCUGGAGAGGCCCAGCCGCUUGAGUGGCCUCCCAGCACAGACCACACACCGGAUCCUAGUGCUUGUGGGCCACCUGAGGAACAACAAACAUCCUCCCUGCAUGGGGAGGAGGCCACAGCACUGCACAGGGACAUCCCUGAGGACACAGGUGAGACGCAGCAUGGAGUGAUGCUGCUGAACGGAAUGGACUCAAAGGUCUCACUGCCCAAGUCGGCAUCUGCGGGUGAGCUCGGUGGCCUGCAGCAGGGCACAGAGAUGGCACUUGAACGAGGGUUUGCUGCCCUGGGCUCACUUGCCCCAGGCAGGCCGUCGGGCAGCAGCACGCCUAUCCUGUCAGAGAGUGUGGCACUGGCCAGGGGGAACAGCCUCCACGCCGUGGUGAAAACCACCACCCGCCUGCACGUGGCCCAUGUGACUGAGCAGGACUUGGCAAACAGAAGGCAGGUGGCACAGCCCUGGCCGGAGGCUGCCCAUCCCCUGCCUGACACCUCCCUGCUGCCUCCUGCCACAUCGGACAUGGGGGUGGUCCAGCAAAGCACCCAGAAACCGCUGAAUGCACUGAAAGCACCGCGCCCCCCCCUGAGCCCCAAACCAAAACUUCCCCCACAGGUUUCUAAAUCUCUGUCGGAGAACAGCUUCAUCCCAGGCUCUCUUCCCCCUGCACGGCUGCCCAAGUCAGUGACGUUUUAGUGGGGUGUGGGACUGAGCAGGGAUUGGAGCUGGGGGCCAGUGUGGCAUCAGCCCCACGAUGCCCUCCAUAGGGUUGUGCCUGCCUGCGGUGUCCCAUGGAGCUGCGCUUUGGUACGAGAGCCAGGGCUGCGGAGCCUGGAGCCACCAGCAGCCUCCGCUUUGGUUUGCAUCCAUGGUUUCCUUUCUGUGGACAAAAGUGCUUGCAUUUGGGUUUGUUUGGGGAGAGCAGCAGAGCUGGUUAAUGCGUGUACUUCACUGCCUGCCCCAUGGCAACAUGGAGCCUCAGGGCUCAGGGUGGGUGCAGAGAUGGACACAAGGCAGUGGAGUCCAAAAUACUUAGCAAGAGUUCCUUCCUCUGUAGCAAUAGGCCUUUAUUUCUUUUUCCAGGCCUGCAAGAAGCAGCAGCCCUUUAGAUGAGGCUGGGGUGUGCCAGCAGGCAGGCACCACUGCCCAGCAGUCUAUGCAAGCCCCUUUCUCCUGGUGGUCCCUUUCUGUGCUCCUGGCUGCAUUCCCAGAGGGGAGGUAUUAGCAGCUGGUGGUGGUGAGCUCUGGCUGUCACCCCAGCAGAGAACCCUCCAUGUUCUUCAGGUGAUGAGGGUGGUGGUAGAGCCUGGGUGUUGCAGCACACGGCAGCUCCUGGCUAAGGGAUUUCAGUAAGGAGGAGCAAUGGGAGCAGUAGGAAAUGAGUUCAAGGCCAGAUGUGUGGCAUGUGGCACUGCUUUGUGGCAGAGGGGAUGGGGAUGUCACCUUUUGGACAGUGGGUGGGACCACAGCCCAUCCCUCCAAUGGCAGAUUCCUCCAAUGGCCAAAGCUCCUCUAAAAUGUAAUGGGAGACUUUUGAAACCUGGUUUUCAUCUCUCAGGCUGCUGCACCAUAGCAAAGCCUACCUAGAGACUAGGAGAAAACAUCCACUCAGUCCCUUUGGGUAUUUACCAGGUUGUGUAUGUGAAUGUUAGCAGUAUGGCCAUGGAAGGAAAGUGCUGCUGCUUCUGCAGCCCUGCUCUGCUCCAGAGCCUGUUCCCUGUCCAUCUCUGCAGUGCAGGGCUGACCCCACGGCUGCUCUGCCAGGGGCAUGUGGUGCUGUUGGUGAAGCACUUAGAAGUGCCAUAUGGGUGCUCAGUAGUUGUGUUUUAAAACACCAUGGGUUGUUGUUGAGGCAAAAGUGCCUCGGUUGGUUGAAUUGGUGUGUUCAUCAGACACCGUGCAGUGGUGAAAGCUGUUAGUGUGCUACAAUCCCUGGGCAGUGUAUCAGGACAGGCAGCAGUUGCCUUCCAUAGCAGCCAUACCCUGCUUGGAAGGGGGCUUGAAGCACCGCAGGGGCUGCUGAGAGCCAGCAGCAUGCACUGCUCUGGGUGCUGCCUCCCUUCCAGCUGCUCUCCCUCCAGUGCGUGUCCCAGGGCCGUCCUCACCCGCUCCAUCCCAUAGCAAACCCAGUGCGACCGUGAGCAAACUCAGGAAGGAGCUCCCAGCUCCUGGCCCUGCCAAGCUGCCCUGUUGUGGGCUGUGCAGUCCCCUGGCCCAGUGCAUGGUGCAGUUGUAGUGUGGGCAGCAGCAGAGCUGUAGGGCCCAGCUCCAGGGACAGGCCUUGCUCUCUGUCCUCACACCACAGCUCUACAGGGCCCAAUGCUGGAGGCCAUGGCUCGGCCGUGCACUUUGACAGCCCUGCUACCAUUGGCUUUUGUUUUUAAUUGCUAUUCUUGUUUACAGCGUGGAACGCUUCCUCCAUGACUCUUUCUAAUGUGUUAUAAUUAUUACUUCAAAAAAUAUAUAUCUGUCUGUGGUCA